GAGUAUUUGCUACGACGAUGUGGGCAUCAUCGAGGGGAGCGUUCCGACUGGGGGUUCAACUCCCUCGGUGGACCAGAGCCUCCCUCAGAGCCACAGAACUCCACAGACAGCUCGCGACCGCGACUAGAACACAACAUCGGUACCGUGAAUUCAUUCGUCCCGACGCGGUUUUUGCGCUCGCUUUCGGAGCUACGAUGGCCGACGCAAUCCGGAAGUGCGAUACUCUCUACGAGGCAGGAGACUAUGAUGAGGCGUACGCCGAGAUCAUGAAAGCCCAAGACGACCCCAGCCCGGAAGUGCGAUGGCGGAUCGUUCGAAUGACUUUCAAAGUCGCGGAGAAGACUGGCGAGGCUGCGGCGAAAACGAAAGCCAUAAACGAAGGGAUCGUAGCUCUCGAAGAAAACCUCAAACUUGCACCCAACUGCCCGAAUACUCACAAGUGGAUAGCCAUUCUUCUAGCUUCAAAGGACCAACACGAUUCGCUCAAACAUAAAAUCGAAGAGGCUUUUAUCAUCCGAGAGCAUCUUGAGAAAGCACUCCACUACAACCCGAAGGACGGAUACGCACACUAUGUGCUGGGUCGGUGGUGUUUCCAAGUAGCUUCUGUCGGCUGGAUCCAGAGGAAGGCAGCUGCCGCCCUUUUCGCUUCACCUCCCGAGUCUUCCUACGAGCAAGCGCUGGAACAUUUCAUGAGAGCCGAAACCCUGAAUCCGGAUAUUUUCAACGCAUGUUUCCUGAUGGCAGCGAAGUGCUUCUUACAAAAGGGGGAUAAAGAUAAAGCUGGAGAAUACCUCAAGAAAUGCAUAGAAAAGAAAGGGAAGGAUCAAGAAUCGAUCAGGAAUAUCGAGGAAGCUCAAAUGCUCGCCAAGAAACACAAACUCUUCUAAGGAUGUUCGUCUACGGUGAGGCUCGGCUCGGAGUCCUCUGGCGACGCACUCAGGAGACCAUCCUGCCAGCCUCGUUUCAAAAAUGCAAAGGACUCUUCUCUCGAUUCGAGAAGAGAAGGAAUGGUUCUACGUUCACAUACGGGCUCGAUACAUGACCAAAUAACUGCUCGGAGCGUCUCAACACGCCCCAAGUCGACGGGCUUUCAUCCUACAUUUCGGAUUGUUCACAGAAGGAGCUGUAUUCCAGAGAUAACGCUACGCUGUGUGAAAAGCAGAUUGAUUUCUUCCCAGGGAGCGCCAAACUUCGGCUUCGAUAUAAGGAGAUCACUUCUGAGAUUUCUUGUUAGCCACACAUCCUCACUACGGAAGAUGAUGGCCAUGCUACUGAUUACCCGGAUCUGCUUACAGCAGACCAGCGAUGGGGAACUACUGUGAUCUUGACAUGUCGAAUAAAUUUUAAGCACAA